AACAUAGUGAAAGACAUGCCGCAGCAAGGGAAAUUAUUUACUCAUUCUCUCUUCGAGAUACCGGCAAGUGAUUGGAAUACUUUACUGGAUCUCUACUCUGGGCAAAGAUCUAAGCCAACAGGAUAUAAUGUAAUAAAUAAUUAUAUUCAAUGGAAAAAAAAGGAGCCAGUCUUUGAUGUCAAGUUUCUAUCUUUAGACGGUGAAUGGCAGAGCGAUGGCACCUUUAUAAUCAUUGCAAAUAAUGGUUCCAUGAAGAAAACAGUAUAUUUUAACACCUUAAGCAAUAAUUUAGAACGCUUGGCCAAUGCUCUUCUCUGUUUAACAUAUUCCUCUGAAGAGUACCAACUCCAUGGCUAUGAGGAACGUUUGGCACCGGCAGCCGAUGUCUAUAUAAGACAAUGUGAUAAUUCUCAGCGACUAUUAUUGAAGACAUCUUGGUACAGAGCUAGUAAAGAAGUGGUUGCUAAAUUCUCUAUAGAACCUCCUUCUGGUAUUACACUGCGAGAAUUGGAAACUAAAGAUGCUGAAACUGUAAAUGAAAUAUGGCCAUAUCGCGAAAAGGGUUCUGAGGAGUUUGUAAAAUGUUUGAUAGACCACAAUAUAUCAGUAGGUGCUUACGAUAACAAGGGAAAAUUGAUUGCGUGGUGCUUGAGAUUACCAACGGGCUCGUUGGGACUGCUGCAAGUUAAAGAAUCCCAUAAACGAUUAGGGCUAGGUAGUUUGAUGGUGCGUUACAUGUCCAAGAAGAUAACUAAAUUGGAUGGAGAAGCUCUAGCCAGUGUAGUUAUAAAGAAUACGCCUUCUAAAAACAUGUUUGAAAAGCUGGGAUUCCAUAAAACUAAUAUAGUUUACUGGUAUUAUUAAAUCGAUUUUAAAAUAUUACUUCAGCAACUCCAAGAUAUACAAUAAAUACGUAACAAUUGAAGUCCCCAUUCUCUUGUCCAGAUACCGCCAUA